AUGUUAGUGAGGAUGUUCCGAAUCACAGGUAGCACAAACCCCUAUACAACAACUGCAGAUGAUAUUAGUGCGAUUAAGCAUGCUCUUGGAGGAUGCCAUUUAAACAGGGAAGGUUAUUUUUUCACGGACCCUCGAUUCUUGCAAGGAGUUUUUGCUGGUAUCCUUGUGUUUUAUGUAAUGCUAUACUAUACUCGCCGAUACAAAAAUAGGGUUAAUGACGUGCCAAGACAUGAAUCAUUUUCCUAUGUUAACCUGCCAACUCACGGUCCAUAUAGAGAGUUCCAUGGAAGCGAAAUGAAUCAAAUACAUUAG